UUUGAAAUCAGUCUCCACUAGGCGGAUUUAGUGUUUUCAGUGUUUAGUGAACGUUUUAAAGUGAUAAUCGUCGCCGAUUCCAUCGCUUUUGUCCGUUCACGCCUGUAUGGAGGCCGGAUGGGCCGCGGUGGAAGCGGGGGAGUGUCGGUUUUUUUGGUAUCGGUCAAAAUUGUUUUUUGCUAGUUGAGCUAGUUAUAUGUCUUCUUUGUACGUGUUGGUCCAUGUCCAAAAGCGAAGAUCUUCGCCGGAAGUCGGCAAUGGGCGAAUGAUCCUAGCACUCUUGCCCAACAUUUUUUGUGAAACGCAUAAUUUAAUUGAAUUGAAUUCCAUUGAAUCCAAGAAUAUGUGACAUAAAUUUAUGGAAUGCGGAGUAAAACAAAUGAUGACGUAAAAAAUUGUACGUGUCUAAGUAGGUUAUGUUAUUAUUUAUUAGAAAAAAUAAUUAAGGAAAUUAUUUAUGCAGUUUUAUUUAAUUAUUUAACGAUGGGCGUAGCAGUGAGUAGAAAUUUAGAUCUAUCGGCAAACGAGUACUGUCUAAAAUUUGUUGGACGAGAGCCGAUAACACAAAACGAUCCGUUUUGGAAUCGGUUUUUGUCAUUUAAUAUAUUUUCACCCACUUCCAGAGACGACCAGUUGUUCUUAGAAGCAAAAAUUGAACCUCUAUGUCAAGAACUAUUGAAAAACAAUUCGAGUUCUGGCAACCUAGGAACGUUAUUACAAUUAUUCAGUGACAGAUCUUCCGAAUUAUUAAGCGUCGACGAUUCUGAACCAAAUGUUUUCAAUUGGCAACUGUACAACACUUUGUUCACUAUAAGAUGUACGCUUAAGUUUUUAACUGAAACUGUGACCGAAGACGAGCUUCUUAAUAUUAUUGAGUGCAACGGGAAUGGGCUAACUUUGGAAACAUUCAUAGGAUCAUUAUUUGGUAUUAUCGUCGACGUUCCGGUUCAGGAUUCCACAUUUGGUGUGCAUCUUGAAGCAAUCACUUGCCUGUUGGUCCUUUUAUCAGUCCAGUUUCAUUCUGGUCAAAGGUCAGACCACAGCAGGAUCUACUUUAUUGUUAUGAAAGGCAGGCACAUUAUCCAUACUCCUCUUUUCGUCAAAUGUUUAUUAACAAAUUUUGUUAGUCAGCUGAAACCUCCAGCGGGAUUUAAUGGCAAUCCGGGACAUAGUCUCGUUUUAGGUUUAGCUUCAGAACUCUGGUCACUGUUGACAUUCAAUAGAAAAUUGGACAAUCAGCCUGUUAGCGAGCAAAGUGAAUAUCAAAAUUGUCCGUUGGCGGUGCAUAGCCUCCUUUUACUAUUGGUGCUCGUACAUAAUUGGACAACGUUAAACAAUCCAUAUAGACUGAGUUUGUUUUCUUGUGUAAAUCAAGAUAACAACGCCGUAUUACCGACCAAAGAGGCGACUUUGUUCAAAGUCGAUUUUAAUAGUUUGUAUUUGACCCUUUGCAAAAAAAUAACCGGAGAUGGACCCACGUUGCUUUUGUACUUAUUGCUGCAUCGAAAUGCCGCAUUUAAAACGUAUUUGUUAGAUAGGUUAGACCUACAGGAACUGAUAGUACCGAUUUUGAGAACUCUGUACCAUGCUCCCAAUAGUCACUCCCACCAUAUUUACAUGUCGCUCAUCAUUCUCCUGAUUUUGAGCGAGGAUGAAACAUUUAACAAAACAAUUCACGAAAUAAAGCUGAAAAACAUUACGUGGUAUACGGAGAGAUCUUUGACGGAAAUCUCUCUCGGAGGUCUGCUGAUUUUAGUCAUAAUCAGGACGAUUCAAUACAACAUGCUCAAGAUGAGAGACAAAUACCUUCAUACGAAUUGCCUGGCGGCCUUGGCGAACAUGUCUUCCCAGUUUAGGGACCUUCAUCCCUACGUGAGCCAAAGAUUCGUGUCGUUGUUCGAAACGUUGGCGAAAAAAUACCAAAAAUUAUCCGGAAGACUGAAAGACAAUAAACAUCUGAACGAUAGUGACACGAGCACUUGUGUAACCCAAGACGAAAACGAGUUGGAACAGGACAUCAACGUGCUGGAAGAAAUCUUAAGAAUGAUUUUGGAAAUUUUAAAUUCCUGCCUAUCGACCCAGCUGGUCAACAAUCCCAACUUGAUCUACAACUUGCUUUAUAAUAAGCACGUGUUCGAGUCUCUCAAAGACAACAUGGUGUUCAAAGAUAUCAUACACAAUAUCGCCGUUAUAAUAAGGCACUUCUCGGAACUACUGUGCGACAAGAAGCAGCAAAACGAAGUCGACGCACACCAAGUGCUGCAAGUGAUACGACAGGGAAGCAAAUAUUGGCCCAAGGAUAAAAUCACGAAAUUUCCGGAUUUAAAGUUCAAAUACGUUGAAGAAGAUCAACCGGAAGAGUUUUUUAUACCGUAUGUCUGGGAGUUGGUGAACCGACUCUCGAUAUUGACCUGGUCGACUUUAUCCACAAGCACCGUCAUCUGUUAGCGGCGACUUAUAGUUUAAUAUUUUUGUAUUCCAAUGUACAUAACCUAAUAAUAAUUAAAUAUUGGUAAUAUUUAUGUUCUUAAAGUUGUUAACAUCUAGGUUUUAUAAAUAAAAUUAUAA